AUGAGUUUGUGGGGCAGAAUUCUAUACCACUCAAGAUCACUGUUAGGCGUCGCCUUGUUGAGCACAUGCGCCCUGUAUGGAGUCAUCGCGUCGAUCGUGCUAACGUGUAUUGGAAAACGCCAUCUUGCACAGUGGACGACUGCAAGAUCCUUCUACUAUGUGAUGGGUACAUUUUUGGGCAUUGACAUCGAGGUGAUCAACCCGGAAAACCUGGAAAAAUUACCUGCAAUUCUUGUGGCCAACCAUCAAUCAGCUCUAGACAUUUUGAUGCUGGGCAGGACAUUUCCUAAAGGCUGUACAGUGACGGCAAAAAGCUCUUUGAAAUGGGUUCCCUUCUUGGGCUGGUUCAUGAGUUUGAGCGGAACGCUAUUCCUAGAGCGCGGAAACCGCAAAAAAAGUGUUGAAACAUUAUCUAAGGCGCUCGACAACAUGAAGACCAAAAAACGUGCUAUUUGGGUUUUCCCAGAGGGCACCAGAUCCCAUUCCACCAAACCAUGUAUGCUACCUUUCAAAAAGGGUGCCUUCCACUUGGCGCAACAAGGAAAGAUCCCGAUCAUUCCAAUUGUGGUAUCAAACACAAGCACCAUCAUGAACUCCAAAUAUAAGGUGUUUAACCGUGGUGUUAUUACUGUUAAGGUGUUGGAUCCAAUCCCUACUGCUGACCUGAAGAAAGAAGAAGUAACUGCCUUCACUGAAAGGGUCAAGGAACUCAUGGAAAGGGAACUAGAACUUUUGGGCUACUCUGAAGCUAUUGUUGACACGGAUUUACCGCCAGAGGCCAAGGCAGCCGUGGAAGUCACUACAACCGAAGAAAUCGAUGCUUCUGUAGAAGAUCAAGAUGUCUCCUCCAAGGAUACAGUUGAGGAGGCAGUGGAGAUCAUUGAAGAACAAGAAAGUGCAGAAAAUCCAUCGCAGUCUUAA